ACCGUCUCAAACCUACCUCAAUAUAUUUCUUGCACGGUCAUCGUUCCCGGGACGGGGUUCUCGUGUAUUCUUGGAUUAUACAAUUGGAGACGCCGUCGUUUUGGCGCCGGUGCCUCCUCCCCGCUUGAUCCACCAUGGCUGAGAAAAUGAAGCGGCGCUGCCGCUUUUCCCUCCCCGUGAGCGUCGUUCUUUUGACUAUCGCCUACAUUUACCUUUCCACAAUCUUCGUUUUCAUUGACAUGUGGUUCGGCCUCUCUUCUUCGCCGGGAAUAAUGAACGCCAUCGUCUUCACGGCGUUAGCUAUCAUGUGCGUCUUUAAUUAUGCUACCUCUAUAUUAACAGAUCCAGGUCGAGUCCCCUCCACAUACAUGCCCGAUAUUGAAGACGUUGAAACCCCUAUUCACGAGAUCAAGCGGAAGCAGGGUGGGGAUUUGAGGUAUUGCCAAAAGUGUUCUCAUUAUAAGCCUCCUCGUGCUCAUCAUUGCCGUGUCUGCAAACGAUGUGUUCUGCGCAUGGAUCACCAUUGCAUUUGGAUAAACAACUGUGUAGGCCAUGCGAACUAUAAGGUCUUCUUCAUAUUUGUCAUGUAUGCUGUUAUUACAUGCGUUUACUCCUUGGUCUUGCUUGUGGGUAGUCUAGCUAAUGAUAGUUUAAAGGAGGAAGAGCAAAACGGUGGCUCUUACAGAACUUUUUAUGUUGUUUCUGGGAUGCUGCUGGUCCCCUUAUCUGUAACCUUAUCUGUGCUUUUAGGAUGGCAUAUCUAUCUUGUCCUGCAUAACAAGACUACCAUAGAGUAUCAUGAUGGAAUUAGAGCUUUGUGGCUUGCAGAGAAGGGGGGGAACAUUUAUAAACAUCCAUAUGACCUUGGUCCAUAUGAGAAUCUGACAACUGUUCUGGGGCCAAAUAUCCUCAGCUGGGUAUGGCCCACAGCAAACCAUAUAGGUUCUGGACUUAGAUUCCAGACUGCUUAUGAUAUCUCACCAGGUGCAUCAAUGUCGAAAUGAGUCAUGGUGUUGCCUGGUUGUGGUCAUUUGUAGUGCAUAAACAUCUAACCCUAGUUGUGAAGAUCGGUCAAGUGAUGACAAAACCAAGAGGUUGAGUAGUCUGCUAUCACUAAUCCAACAGAGAGAAGUUUUUUCCUAUGUCAGUCACACCAUAGUUGAAGUUUUGAUGUUUUAGAGCUGUUUGGUGCAUCUGUUCGUGGCCAUGGAAUGAAUAUGCAUGCCUGUGGGUAUUUUGAUUGUCAUUUCUUUCUUCCCUUGUUUCUUCUCCCUCCUCUUGGUAGGCAUAACAUAGGAUUUUGGAAGAUGUGGAGCUACAGCCAUAGCGUUCUGGAGGUUGGCACUGUACAAUGACAAAUUCUGGAAACCAGGCUCUCCGAGACAUGCCAUGCAAGGAUGAAGACUGGCCUUUGUGAAAAGUUGUGUGUAUUCUAGAAUUUGUAAUUUUUCUGUAUACUGAAAGAAUAAUCAUAUAUUUGUAUCAUAUAUUUUCCCAUCUGAAGCUGAAGUGCAUUUUGCUUCUUAA